AUGAAAUUCUUCAGCUUCAUUCUCCUUGGCGCUUUUACCUCCUUGGCCUCUGCUGACGGCGGCUAUGCAAACUACUGUCGAAAUGCGACUCUCGUUAAAGUAGGCAAUGAAGCAGGCCUGAGAGCUUACUGCGCAACAGCUUCUGGUGAUACUCAGUGCAGCAUCCUCUCUCUUGACAAAUGCUACGGCUCGGACGUAGGCAGGAUGAAACCUAAAGACAAUGGGAAUCUUAGCAAGCGAUGUCCUUUUAACUUUUCCGAGCUUGAUGGCACAACACUUAAAAGCAGAUGCUAUAGAACACCAUUGAAGAAGGGAAGCCUGGUGUGGACCAGUGCUGAUACUAACGUGCUCGUUGCCGCGGAUGACGGGGUCUUGAAAUGUUUUAAUCACCGAGCUACGACUCCCCCUAAUUGCAAAGAGAGACCAGUGUUAUCAGGCACCGAGCCUAUAGGCAUGCCUAUGUCCUUUGUUUAUUGCCUAUACCUCCUAUUUUUCGCUUUCUUUAUGUGGUAA